GGAAGGAAUUGUCCUUGGAAUGGGAAAUCCUCUAUUGGAUAUCUCUGCCACAGUGGAUAAAGAUUUCCUUGACAAGUAUGUUAGCAUAACUGAAGAGACAAUAAUCUUUGUAUUUCUUAACUGUAGCUAUUUCACCCAAACUUUUGACAAGCCCCUCCCCCUAAACGUAAUCAAAGCAUUAGAAAGUAAAUUUUAUAAAAUUUGUCUAAAUUUUUAUGGAAUCAGUCCAUUUUAGAGCACUGUCUACUGGAAAACAUGUAUUUUAGAACAGACAGUAGAUGUGAUAAACUUACUGUUCCUUUCAUAGACUGCAAGCUCAAGUUACUUGAUUUUCAUCUUUGGCAAUUUAACAGUGUCAACAAUGCUUGCUUGCCUACUCAUUCUCUAUAUCCUAUUUGAAUUCUUUCUUGGCUUUGACCUUUUCUUUGGCUUUAUUAAUACUUUUUCAUUUGUAACAUACAAUAAACAAAUGACUAAAAAGUAAGCAGCUAAAUGUAUUUGCUUAUUUUGAAAUAUAUUUUUGGAGGUUUAGAUCUUAGAGAAGGUUGCUUUGUGAUAGUAAGUUCUUAAAAGGAUACAUUUGACUCCUGAUAACUCAAACCCUUCUAGGGAAAUCAAAAAAGGUUCGAGUUGUUGGAAGUUCGAAGCAAAUGAGGAAAUAAGCAAAUGGAUGGGGAGGGAAGGCAAGUAUCAUGCACACUUCACUUCAAGGACAACAAAAAAUGAAGAUUGAUAUGUUGAAAAAGGAAUAUUAAGCAACACAGCUUGAUAAAUAUUCAGGAAUGGAAAAUGAAUUUGAACUGGAGUGACGAAAAAGUAAAGACAAAGAAAUGACAUGAUUGUUUUCAAAUAAAUUCAAUAUUUGGGAGUUCAGUACAUGGUUUUUUUUGUCCAACUUGCCAUGCGCUCAAAACACGGUUUGAGUUAUAAAGGGUGCAAUGAUAUAGAAUGAUCUCAAGGGAAACAAAAAUUACUUUGAGUUACUGGAAGGUUCGAGUUGUCAAGUGUUUCAGUUACCAAGGGUAAAUGUAUUGAGGAAAUCCACAUGAAAUCGACUUUGGUUUGUGUUAGAGCGAGGUUCGAGUUAUCAAGAGUCUAAUGUAUUUAAAUUUGCCUUUGCAGAUAUGGACUAGAUGCUAACAAUGCAAUAUUAGCAGAUGAAAAGCACCAGCCCCUGUGAGUUCAGAACAUUGUUAUAUUGAUUAUAAGCUAGACAGUACUGCCAUAGCUACAUGGACCUGUACAAAGAGUCGGUGUUAAAAUAUGUUUCAGUUGCGUAAUUUCAAUUGAAUACCAUUUUCAUCCAUCCCUGAGGUGUGAAAUGAAUUUAGAGCAUAGAUUUACUUUGAAACACUAAAACUUUGGUCUGCUCUGUGUCACUUCUGUGAAAUGAAAUGUUGGAGAAUAGAAUGUGAAGUCAACAAGGUUUAUUCUCAAAUCGUCAUUUUGGGAAGGCCUUUUAAAUACAAUUUUUAGCCUCCAUCCUGAAGGUAGUGUUUCUAUUUUGAUUUUUUCUCAAAAGCAAAACCUGAUAACUUCAGAUUAAGAGCACCCGAACAAACCUGUUGAAAUGAUAUCAAAAGUGUUUGUUGAUUUCACAUCUUAUUACCUUCAUUGUUUCACUGAUUAAAAUUGAGAUGUACCAGAGAAAACCAUCAUGAAUACAGAAUAAAGCAUGUUGUUAGGUGAGGAGAUCUCAAGAAACCACCAGGCUUAUAGAAGGGGCUGCGAAGGAGUGCAGCUAGGCUAAGUCAGUAACUACAGUAUUUUAAUAAAGACUCUAGCACUUUGUUCUUAAAGAUAGGAAAGCUUGACAAGUUUCUUAUAGAUACAGGAACACAAUUCCAGGUUAUUGGUCCUUGGUAAAGAAUUGUGAAUUUCUUGAUGUUAUUUAUGACGGGAAUGCACGUGAUAAUUACUGGCUGUUCUUGUGUCAUGUCCAUGAAACUGAUUGUUUGUUACAAACAGAUUAAGAAAGAGGCAGCAGAUCAUCUUGGUAGUGAAACUUAAAUUUAGCAAUUUCGAGCAUAUUAACUUGAAAAACAUCUGAAAUCUCUAAUUUGGAGAAUAGCGGAGCAGUAUGUGGUUGAUAGUCUGAAUUUCUAAAAGCUCACAUAGCCUGCUUUUGCAGAGAGGAAAUUCUGUUUAACUUAGGUACGUAAGUAGACAACAACAUUGAAUUACAGCAAGUAAUAAUUAUUAUUAUUCAAAAGUUGGGGGCACUAGCCAGUGAUGCCCCCAUCACAUGUACAUGGUGAACCUAGGAGUAUUGCCACGACCCCCCAACCACCCCCCUCUGGAUGGGAUGCUGGUCGGUAACAGUUUUACAUAACCUUCUGGCACCCAUCUAAAGGGGAGCAAAGUUUCUUGUCUAAGGAAAAAACAUGAAGAAUGAAUGAAACAACAGAAUUGACAGGCAAGUGGCAAACGUCUUGGCCAUUGUGCAUCAACAUGAAUUAAGUACAUUUAUUUUCCAGUUCAGUCACUUACUUAACAAAUAUAAUGAUCAAAUUUUGAAGUAAGUUCUAAAUGAAUGUUGAUUUUCAGUUAUAAAGAAAUGGUUGAUAAAUUUAAUGUGGAAUACAUCCCUGGAGGUGCUACACAAAACAGUAUGCGAGUUGCCCAGGUGAGUAAAUGUAAUAUAAUUUCCUUACUUUGCCAGUGGAGACAAACAAAAAAUGAAAAAAAAGAAAGAAUGAAUAAAGGGAAUGGGACAAUGCAACCUGUAAAAUCAGGUGCUCAGCACAAUUAGCUAUGAUCAACUAAAAGGUAGUUGCUGAAGUUAUAGUGCCAGGGGCAUAAUUAAGAGCAUUUCAACUUCAUUGUAGUGCAGGUUAUAGUAUCACUUUUGGCAUUUUGCUUUGAUAUAGUGCAUUGUAUUUUAAUCAUGUUUAGUUUCUUAGCUUUGGCGGUUUAUGUUUUUUCAUUUAUAUUAUUUAGUGCCAAUGCUACAACUGUAAUUACAAAACGUAUUCCAACAGGGAAGGAAGUGAUUUGAUUGCAUGACCCUUCACAUAAUUUAAUUUGGUGAGGCACAAAACAGAUACCAGUUCCUGGCUGAGAGAAAGCCUUAGAACGAAAAUGUGUAGAGACAGCUUAAGUGGCCUUGAACAACAGAGGACAUUGCAAUAAUAAUUAGAGAUGCCAUUAAAGCUGUACAUGACCUUUGGACACAAUUAAUUACUUUUUGAAAUCUCUUCCAAUUCCUUUUUUCCUGUAAGAUGGAAAGUACAUUUUGGAUUAUUUUGUACUUUUUUUCUUAGGGCAUACAAAAACUGAUACCCAACAAUUUGUGAUAUGUUAUUUAUUAUUAAUUUUCACUGUAUUCAUUUUCUACAUUAUUAUAGUGGCUCUUAGGGAAAGAUGCAAAAACAACAUCAUUUAUGGGUUGCAUUGGUAAGUUCUGGGAAGUUUAUUUAAAGGCCAACUGAAAAUGCCUGGUGCAUCAAAGACAGGUUUUCCCCUGAAAUUCAAAUUCUCUCACUGCUAUUCUCACUGCAAAACACCCCCACCCCCACCCUUGAUAAGUAUUAGGACAGGGAAAGACAUAAAAGAUGAAAAAAAAAUUAGUAAGUUAGGUUAUUUUAUGUGACUUAAUUUUUUACAGUUCUUUGGAAAAUCUGCAUAAAUUUUAGAAAAUUAGAUCCGGUGGAAAUUUCAUGCAUGGAGGCAGUAUAGCUAAUUGACUUAAAAAAAUAAUAAUCUGCUGUUAAUCAAUGCCAUGAUCUUCCAUGCACCUUCUGUAUGUGUAUUGUUUCUUUUUAGGAAAGGAUGAAUUUGGUAAAAUUCUGUCUAAAAAAGCCACAGAAGCCGGUGUAAAUGUAAACUACUUAAUACAUGAAAAAGAACCCACUGGAACGUGUGCUGUCUGCAUAACAGGAAAACACAGGUACAGUUUGCAUUGCCUGCUGCUCAUGUAUACACUCUCCAAGAUUUCAUUUGACUCUUCCCUUUCCCCUCCCAAAAGUAUAUCAAAAUAGAUGGGAAGAUUAAUUUUGCAAUGUACGGUACAUCUGAUUUGGAAAUACACAUCUGAUUGAGGGAAAUAAAUUUCAAUUUUUACCAAGUCAUUUGAUUAACCCAAACAUUGUCUAGAAUGAAUUUUUUUUAUUGAAGUGUCAAUAUAGUCUCAAAAAUUUUUUCAUUUCAUUUGUAUAAUUCAAUGCACAGAAUCCACUGUUUACAAUGUGAUUUUUUUAAUGAACAUAGUUUUCAGUUUGUUUUGAAAAUGGUCCCAAAUGUUUUCUUUUUGGUUUCUGGGCAUUAGACAGAACUCUAUCAUCUAAAGCCCUCAUUGAGUCUCUUCUAACCAUUUGUACAACUGUAUUUGAUAGACAGCCAUAACGUGCAACUUUUGAUGGGUUAAUAACCCUAUGGUUUAACAAUGAAAAUGAAAUCUCUUUGACAGUACUAUAAGGAGGUUUCAUUAUAUUAAGAUUCUUUACCAUCUACUGGUAUUUUACCAUAUUGCUGGGCUAGGAAUAUUGUUAGUUAUACUGAGGACUUUGUUAUUUGAGGUUUGUUAAAUUGAGGUUCCACUGAACAAUGAUUUUUUUAAAUUAGAUAUUUGGUAAUUUUGUUUGAAACAUUAAAUCUUUGCAGGUCUCUUGUUGCAAAUCUUGCUGCAGCAAAUUGUUACAACAAGGAAAGCCACUUGGACAAACCAGAAAACUGGGCAUUUGUUGAGAAAGCUCAAUAUGUUUAUAUAAGUGUGAGUAUGUUAACCACAAAAAACACUUCAGAGCUUAUUAAUUUUACAAUGAAAAGUUGGUCAGAAGUAACAGUGUGGUUAAGCACCUUGUUGACUAAAAUCUGUUGCCUUUGGUCCCCUUACUCGAGCUGCCUUCUUCUGCAGACCUGAUAAAGAAUUUAUAACUCCUGGGGUUUGUAAGCAGGUUUUACGGUACUCCAGGGGCCUGCUGCAAUAAAUCUUUUGUCAGGAGGUUGCUUGGACAGAACGACAGAUUUUGGCUGUUACAUUAUUUUGAUGCUACACCAGACCAACUUUGGAUGGUUAAGUGUUUUUAAGUACUUCUCAAUUUCUUUGUUUCCAGGGAUUUUUCUUAACAGUAUCGCCAGAGUCAAUUGUGAAAAUAGGCAAGCAUGCUGCAGAGAAAGACAAGGCAAGUAAUUUGAAUUGAUCUACUGUGCUAAUAUUUUAUAGGCUUACUUGAACUUAAAUAUUGAUUAUUAUGAUGAUUGUUAUUAUGAUUUUGGUUUCAGCUUUUUAUGAUGAAUCUCUCUGCACCAUUUUUGUGUCAAGUUUUUAAGAAGCCAAUGAUGGAGGCUUUGCCUUAUGUGGACAUUCUGUUUGGUAAUGAAAGUGUAAGUAAAACAAUUUGAAAAUGAAAGGGUGUUAAUCACUUUUAAGCAUACUUCAUUUGAGUCCUGGAUGGAUCUGUACCUGUUAACUCUCAUAUACAGUUGAAGCUCCCAUAAGUAGACAUCAAUGGGGUACAGAAAAUUGUCUUAAACUAGAGCUGGCUCUUUAUGGGAGUUACCUACGUAAGUGGCCUGUAGCACUCUCAAGUCAUUUCCCUUCAGUACUAAUCAUCAUCAUUGUCAUCAUCACCAAUGCUGCCACCAUGACCAUUCUAAUCAUUAUCAUCAUCAUGGAACCCUCCACGGUCCUCCUCAUCAUCACCACCACCACCACCAGCAGCCUCAUCUUCCUCCUCCUCCUCCUCCUCAUCAUUAUCAUCAUGGUCAUUGUCACCAUGAUGAUCAUCAACAUCCACCACCACCACCACCACCAUCAUGUUCAUCAUCAUCAGUAUCAUCAUCACCACCACCACCACCACCACCAUUAGCUUCAUCUUCCUCCUCCUCCACCCCCUCCCUCCUCCUCAUCAUCAUCAUCACCACCACCACCAGCUUCAUCCAGCCUGCCUUGUCCCCUCUUCAGUCCUGUUAACUUUCAACUUGACUGAUCAACUGACUAACUGAAAAGGGACUGCUUGCAGCGUAAUUUUAAGAUGAGGUGCACUUAACACUCCUGCUUCAUUUUGAGACUUACAUCCUGUUCAUGUGUUCAUCAAGUACUGAUAAUUCGAGAAGAAGAUGGCUGUGAGCAGUGUAGAGGAGCAAAGAGAGUUGUAGUAAUUUGUUCAAGCUCAGGGUCAUUGAAUUUUGAUAUCUUUUACCAAGAAAGCUCCUGGCCUUUUUUAAAUACAAAUUUGCCUUAAAACAUGGUGUAGAAAAUUAAUUUAAGUGUGAAGUAAAACCUUUCCAUUUAAUUCCUGUACAGGAAGCAGCCGUUUUUGCUAAAGAACAAGACUUUGGAGUAAGUACAUUGAUGUUACUUCCAGAACAAAUAUUGUUUGGAUAUCGCUACACCAGGUUCAUUCUCUUGAAUUUGCACAUACUAAACAUAAAAACACUGUUCCAUAUAGUUGCAUUUCAGUGGCGGAUCCAGGGGAGGGGCCCUGGUGGCCCACUCCCCCCCCUUUAUUUUUAGACCAAACUGAGGACCAAAGGAGCCCCUUCCCCCCACCUUCUUAUUUGAAGGUCUGGAUCUGCCAUUGCAUUUGGCCCCAUCCACCCGACCCCGGACAUUUUUGAAACCGCUUACUUUCUUACCCGGAUUCGUGUGAAUGUGGCCUAAUGCUUUAAACCAACCUGGAGAGUGGUUUCAAAAAGAUGAGGUUUGGGAGAGAUACAUACAUAUUUUAUUAUCUUUUCGGAAGGGGGCUUUUCAAAGACAAUGUAAUAAUGAUACUGAUUUAAAAGCUUAAACUUCGAAGAUUCCAAACCCAGAAUGCAUUCCAUGGUUACCAGCUAACUAGUACUUUUUACGUCUUAUAAAUUCACCAGACAGAAGACGUGAAAGAAAUUGCAAAGAAAAUGGCCGAGUUAACAAAAGUCAAUGGGAGUCGUCAACGUAUAGUGGUGAUAACGCAAGGCAAAGAACCAACCAUUGUUAUUAAAGGUACUCAGGACACAUAUUUGUGAUUAUAACAUAGGAGAAACUUUUGUCAGGGUCAAAUUAGUCUGCUACACAGCCGUUUUUAGUGACGACACUAAAAACGACUGUGUAGCACUUUAUCGCUGAGAGCUUAUCAGAUGAGCGUUAUACUCAUGCCCUUGGGGGUGGUACAAAUGUGAUUCACGGGAUCCCACGGGAUGGGGGCCCUUCUCAGCAAACCCAGAUUCCAUGACUAGAAGACACCAGGAGUGGUCACCGCCAGAGUUUUUUUUCGGUCUCAGGGUUAGUCAAAUGAAUCAGUUAAAGCGCUGUGAGGUGAGGCCUUUGGUGUUUCCUCCUUGACGGGAACUGGAGAGUCAAACCAUUUGGACCACGUACACAAUCCCAUCAGUUAUUUUAAGACAGUGAGUUUUGGUCCUAUCGGGAAUUUACCCCGAACUCGCAGUCUGGUGCUCUGUUUUUUAAUGUUGGCGGUAAAUUCUUUCCCAAUCUUUUUGCAGAUGGUAAAGUCACAGAGUACCCAAUCAUUCCAAUCAAAGAAGAAGAUAUAGUGGACACAAAUGGAGCUGGGGAUGCAUUUGUAGGAGGUAAGAUAUCGAAGUUGUAUAGCUUUUUCUUUCCCGUUCCCUUUGUUGAAGCUUCUUCAUACAGCGGCACUUUGCUCGUUGGUUUUAGAUGAAUUCCGAAAGUCUCUUUUUAUCAUUUGCGAGCACAAAAGUUGAAGAUUCUAACCUCUGUUAUCCGCUGGAAAGUUGCAGAAGCUAAGCAAGUGAAUUGAAACCAAAGUUGUCAUUUCCACUUUUCAGUGUUUAUAAAUGUACUACCAAGAUGGUUAAAAGUUGACAAACGUUUUCCAAAAUGUGUAAGCAAAAGAGGCUUUGAAAACUGAAACCUUGCCUUUAACGUGUCUCUGGGGAUACAUUUGCUCUUGUUUUAACCUCUUUACAGCGACAACCUACCUACCGCGGCCACUCUCCUCUGUCCUCAAGGCGCUAGGCGUGAAGUGAUUCUAUUUCUUAAAUUCAUCUGCUAUCGCAUUUUGGGCCAGAGGGCAGAACACGACAUAUAACUGACCUAGAAAUUUCCAUCAGUCUUGCGUAUGUCUGUGCCAUUUCUCUCCAUACUGUGUACUCUGUUGCCUUUUUUUUUCAACUCUUUCAUCUGUUUGCAGGAUUCCUCAGUCAGCUUGCUCAAGGAAAACCCAUGGAUGAGUGCAUUCGCUGUGGCCAUUAUGCCGCCAACUACAUGAUCCAACAGUCUGGUGUCACAAUGACACAACUGCCAAACUUUUCUUAACGUCUCAUGACGGAGGAAUUGCUUUGGUGUUUUGGUGUCAAAAUAAACAGUUUUUUGAAUUCACCAGUGUCUUGUUUGAUAACCCUAAAUCUUUGACAAAACAAACGGAGAACUAAGACCCCUUCCCCCCAAAAAGGAUAGGAAAAUGGUGCGUUUUGGCCUUCAAGCAGCUUCAUCCUUGAUUUUGCGGGAAGGGGGAAUUGCGUUUCCAUUUUGUUCUGUCCGAGAUUUUAACUUGUUCCGGGCUCUUAGGUGGACGGGGAAGUUGAAAAAUGACGUGGGUGAACGUAUUCGGUACUGUCUUUCAUCUCACUCGUUUUCCUCGCCUCUUUCUAGCUUGCGAACGGCAGACGUUUCUCCUCGCUUAUCGCCGCUGAGGGACGUUUCCUCCUCGCGAAAUGUCCGUCAGCGGCGAUGAGCGAGGAGAAGUGUCUGCCGUUCGCAGGCUACGCCUCUUUCCGACUAUUCGAGAGUUUAUCGAGGAGGGUCAAAAACGUUACAGUACAUUUCAAUCCAGGACUAAGUGAAUUUGGGUAGAAAUCGUCGUUAACUUAACAGGUGACGGUUUUCUGCAGUUAACGAUACCCACCUCGUCUCUAUCUCUUCAAAAGAAAUAUUAUACACGACGGCGACGUCAACGAGACCGGGAUAAAAGCAGUAGGUUUAGAUUGGCAAGACAACAACUUAGCACGUGCAUCAUGCUUUUUUGUACAUUUGUUUCCCGUCACUGCACGACUACGACGUGAAAAUGCCUGAUUUCACGUUUUGUGGGAGACGUGAACGCAAGAGAGCGACUUUGUUCUUUUUCUGAAGUUCGAUACAGUCUUCGUUCACACUGCACUGGACGAUUUUCGAUCGGUUGAAAAAAUUUGACCGGACUCUUUGUUCACACGGAACCGUUCAAUACUUUUGGGCUGUUCACUCGGAACUGUCGAAUUGUAAUACUUCCAAGCAAAGUGAGUAAUAGGUAACACGACUCCUAAAUCCAUGUUCGCAAUCUUCCUUUCUUUUUUCCAGCUGAGCAGCCACGAAUCCAUGAAGCCACGCCUUUUGCCGUACAAAAAUUUAGCCGCUCGCGGUGUUUCACACCUUGCCGUUCAAAUUUUCGACCAUACCGGUUAAAAAUUUGACCUCGAUUUUAGUGUUCAAAUUUUUGAACGGCACGCCGCCGUUCAAAUUUUCGUACAGUUAGCGUGGUUCCAUAUGAACUUAGCCACAGUCUUUUAGAAUUCAACUCCAGACAAAAAUUGCCAAGAUUUGACAAAUUGAACGUGAUAGGAAGAACGCGAUAAAGUUUGAAGCAGCGCGACCUCAUUUCUUUCGUGAUGAUUUCGUAACCGUCGCAGUCGUUGUUGCCUAGUGCCUAGAGUUCGAAAACUGGGGUUUGGGAAGGAUGGAUCAAUGAACUAAAAGCAGCUUCCAAUAAUAACUUUUUCUAAGCCGCCUCUUACAAGCAUGUUCGAAAAACUAUAAAUUCUAUAAAUUUUAAUUAUUAUUAAUGUAAAGCUCCUAAAUUUAUAAAUUAUUAUUAUUAUUAUAUUAAUUUUUAUCACUAAAGAGAGCGGUUUACAUGCCUUUAGUAAUGCGCAUCAGGAGCCAGUUAUCCUCUGCAUGAGGAUCAAGGAGUUUCUAGGGUCCUUAACUGUUUCUGCUAUAAACGGAAAGGGAAACAGGGAUACGAUGUGACAGUAUUAGGGAUAAAAUUAUCUGUUUUCUUGCGCAUGAAUUUGAUUAACUCGCACAGAAAUACAUUAUCGCCAUUGACGUUUUAGUCUUUUGCCUUAAUCUCGUGAAUAGAAUACGAGGAAAUCUCAUAAGUUAUGGUCAUGUGCUCUUUUUAGGUUUUUUGACCGGUUUGACAGGUUUCCUAGUUAUUUCAAGGUCUAUGAAUGUCUUGGUGUUCGAUUAGUUGGCUAGAAACUAAGAAAAGUAUUCACUGGUUAAUUCAUGGAGUUCAAACACGUCGGUGAUUUAAAAUUACUGAGCCGUAAACGUAUUACUGUAGACAACAAAUACUAAAUUGCCCCAGGCUAUAGCGGCAUCGGGUUAAUGUAGGUUCCUCCGCAAGAUUAUGAGAAUCCCCCGCAUUUUAUUCAUGAGCUGAUAAAGAAAAAAGGAUAGGACGUCAUUGGCGCCGUUUAUAUAUUCCUGUACAAGUAAAUGAGAUUCCUAGGCAAAAAAACGGAUGAUUUCAUCCCUACUAUACUACUUGAAUUGUGACCAUCUUUUUCCAAGUGUGAUAUUGCCUUGUUCUAUCGAGUAGUCUAGCCGUUUCUCUUGCAGGGGUAAGAAACAGGUCUGUAGGUAUUUACGACUACGGUUUUGAAUGCGGUACACUCCCGUACACCAAUAAGAGUGUAUCGUAAGGUUUCUGUUUAGCCAAACAUGAAAUGGGAAAGGUGCUUGUGUAAAAAACAGGUUGUUCUCUGUUCCCACGCCGCGUACAACACCCUCGUCUCCUCUCUCUCGCUGGCGUCUGAAAAUACUUCCCGGUUUGUGCUUGGCUUCAAAACACUUGUUAUACAGAUUAUCUGUGCCGAUUACUGGCCGUUUCUAGAGUAAUUUUAGAAAUUUCACAAAGCACUCACGGCCUGGUUGCGACCAAACAUGCAUAUAAUCAUUCAUAGACGCAGUUAAAGAGCAGACCAUUUAACACCAUAGGCACUAAGGUACUCGCGUCUGAAUGUGUUGCUGUGCUUGCGGCGUACUAGUAACACCACUGUAAUACCACUGGUCUUUUUAAAUGACUUAGUCAGUCUUUUUGACUGUGUUGCACAUAUAGGCAUUCGUGUGUUGAAGCCUUCGUUUUCUCAGAGCUUCAACUUGUGACAGCCUUAAAAAGUGCAACCGCGGAUCUCCUUAGAAAAUGAAUUGUCCUCUUACUCUUGACAGGAAAUAAGAGAAAAUAGAAAGAAGUUAAAUUUUGCUGACCAGCAAGUUGCCUUUGAACACCCCUUUAUUUGUGUAGGAACUGUUUCUUUAUGAGUUAUUCAAGUUCUAUCUCGUGCGCGCACAAACGCGCGCGAGAUCAUGGAACAUACGUAAUAGAGAUGAAAAUGAUGUCAUAAAGGAAAACAAAUGCUGGCUUUUCAAGUUGCAGGAAACCUUCUUCCGACUGAAACUAGUGUUUCUGAAUUUGUCCGCGCACAAGUUCGGUCUGCAUGCAAACGAGAGAAAUAUUUUUACAUUGAGAGCAAUUCUCUGGCAGGUAGGGAACCUUUGCAGAUUUCUUUUUUUGGUCCUAUUGUUGCUUUAAUGAUUCAACAAGACAUAUUGUUGAUGCACUAUUUUGUUUUACAACAGGGAAAUCACAAUGAAGAGUGGAAUCAUUUUGAUGUUCAUUUUGCUAGCAACAGCAAGUCCCACUGGUCAGUCAGUUUCCCAGUCCAGUCAUGCUCUAGAUGGUAAUACCUGGCCUUUGAAUCGUCUACCCUUGCGCAGUGGUGAGUUAGCUACUCGUGAAGUGGUUCCAUUUUUGGGUGUUAAAGGGAUUAUUUUAAAAAAAUGCUCUACAGCGUAGGCUGUUGGUCACUGUCUGGCUCUAAAGAACCAAAACGCCGUGGCAAAGCAGUCUCGACUUUUACCUUUCGUUUUCUCUCCUACCCUCUUUUUCGCUUUUCUGAACUCGUUUUCUUUCUUUUGCUGGGAAUUUAGAAGACUUUAUUUCGGUAAGAUUAGUUCCUGUCGAGAAGGCUUUUAUAGGAUCUUAACGUUAGAUGUAAGGAAGUGCACGCGGGGUAGUGGAACAAGAGGUUCAUUGUAAUUUUUGCCUUUUUUCUUCGACCUCCUUAACUGAAUCAUGCUCAUUCUGGUAUGGUUUGAAAGAUACUUCUUACUCCUGCACGAGUUAGAUGACAAAGUUUUCCUUACAUUAACUGUCCAACCUGAUGGUGCAACAAGUAAUACAAGGAACGUAGAUUCACACGAGCAAUUAUAGGGGAGGCUUGGUGGGUUAAAAUAACUUAAAUAGAUAAAACAAAUUCUAGUGAAUCAUAGUCUCAGUCUGAUUCUUAUUGUUUGUUUCAGACUUCCUUUUGCCAUCAUUUUUCACUGUAUUUGGCAGUCUGUUAACGCUUUCACUUAUUGCUAUGAGUGCUAAGAGUUCUGUGUGGCCUAAGUAUAAGGCUCACUCUCAGAAGAAGACUGGAACCAAAACAGAGCAAAACUAUUUCGUCACACCAUCUUUCGUCACACCACUUUACGUCAACCGCAUCACGCAAGCAAGGCUACGAUUAGCCCAGCACAGGGUAGCGCAAGUUAGUUUUACCAUUGGGCUCCCGAAAGACAACAACUCAGAAAUAGCCACUCAUGUUGAUUUUGAAAUAUGGAAAAAGAAGCGUCAAAACAUUCGUGAGAGGCGAAAAGAAAGGCUUGCGAAAGGACCCAGGAUUGACCCAGAAAAGUUAAGGAAAAUCAAUCAAGAAUGGCUCUUGUUUUAUGGAUUUAAGAACUGCGAUAUUUUCCACAUGGAAAAUGAACUAGACAAUAUUGUUUCUAAAGUGCCUGGCGUUCUCUCAGAGAAAAAGAAAGCUAUUCAGUUUGACAGCUGUGUGAGUGUUAUUUACAUUGAGAAAAACAACACUGGUCGUCGAAUGAGCCGAUGGGAAACACCC